CGAUGUUUACCGACCCCUGUGCAACCAAUUGCAGCGAUCUUCGUGUACGUGCUACAACGCUACAUCAAGAUGCACACCAUUGUCCUGCUGAGCACGCUCGUCGCCUUUGUGGGCAUCGUCGCUUCCGCGUACUCCCCCGACAUCGCGUGGAUGACGGUCACCUUCGGCGCGGUGUACGGAUUAGGAAUGGGCACUUUCAUAAUAUCGGCUGGCGUAUAUGUCCUACUUUAUUUCCAAAAAUACCAAGCCAUGGCAACGUCUAUCGUGUACAUUGCGUGGGCAGCAGCCGAACUCACCGGCCAGUUUGUGCUCGCUCACCUCACCGAUGCGUAUGGCCUCGAGGGGGCGCUGCUCCUCAUCGGAGGACUGGUGAUGCAGGCGACGCCGAUCGUCCUGUUGGCGGCAAAUCCGUCGUCGAUCAAGCUGCCGCCGUUGCGAAGAAACUCUCACUCUUUGGAAAACGGCGACACCAAGUCCGGCUGCGUGUCUACCAUAAGCGACAUGGUCUCGACUGAACAAAGGUCGGAGCGACAACAAGGUUCACAACCCGAAGAGAAGCCAACGUCAGCGGAGGAGCCGUGUACCUUGAAGCACGCCUUGGGAAUCUUCCGCGAGCCGAGCUUCUACGUCCUCGCGCUAACCGUGGCCGCCGGAGACUACACGGUUUCCGAGUUCAGCAAGACCAUCGUGGACUACGGCAUCGACAAGGGCAUCGACCUCGCCAGGGCAAGGCAGCUGAUCACCUAUUCACCAGUUGGACAGCUUCUGGGGCGCUUCCUGGUGCCGGCGUUGGCCGAAGUCACUCCCAUCGGCCGACGUCCGCUGUACGCGCUCAGCUUCGUACUGGCAGCCGCUUGCAUGGUGGCGACGCCGCACGUGUUCAGCUUUUCAGCCAUGGUCGCACUCACCGUGGUGGAAGGGAUUGCGGUGGGAUACAUCAUACUGAUCAAGCUGGUGCUGGUAGCUGACUUCCUGGGCGUCGAGCGAACGGCGGUCGCGUGUGGUGUGAUCGGAGUGGUCACAAUCCCGGUGUCCCUGAUCAGCCCACGAAUCACGGGAGUGUUUCGCGACAUGGCAGGAUCAUACGACAACUUUUACCGGAUGCUGGCAGCCGUCAACCUAGCCACCGCCGCUGUGUUCGCUGUUUUUAUCUUGUGGAACUGGCUGCGACAAAGUGGAGAGUGCAGCAAAGACAGCAAUUCAGAUCAGUGCUCUGCAAAGCGGCAGUGAAUCUCUUCAUCGCUUGCUGAGCUAUUUGGGUCGUCCUUUCGUGGCAUUUCCUGCGCUCAUAGGAAUAAGAAACACCCCCUUAGGAGGAGGUUAGAACUUAGCACCGUCAUACCAGCAUGCGACAGUCUACUUAAACUGUGACGUCUCGACAGCUGCGUGCGUGUGUACACGGGCGACCUUGCACACAUCGUAUCUCUUUCGAGAUUUUGUGCACACUGUGCCGCAACCGCGUUCACUCAACACGCCUCACGUUUUCUGUGAGACACCUGCAAAGUGGAUGAAGUCUGCAGAUAAUGCUGGAAAGAAAUGCGUGACCGAUGGUGGGAUCGAACAUUUGUAUUGCAAUGUCCAAUACUCUCGCCAUUAGGCCACGAUCGGACGCAUGCUUCUCUCGAGCCAAAGUCGCUCUGUGAAACGCCUGGCGUGUUAAUCAUCUACCAGGUUCUCGCAUUUUUACUCUUUAUUCAACAUCAUCAUCAUUUGUACAGAAAUAAAAAGGAGUCAUACAAAAGUGUAUGCAAACAUCUGAAUCCCAAACCAACGGCUAAUUAACUUCCAUUCAGUACGUACACUGUGAAAAAACAAAAACGUGGCAUAAAGUGGCUAGACUAGGAUACUAGAUUGUAGCAGAAAGGAAAGCAACUUAUGCGAUACAGGAAGUGUCGAUCACAAAAUACAUUUUUGAAAAAACGUGGAAGUCGGGAUUGUAUUUUACAUCAUCAGGAAGGUUGUUACAAAUAGAAAAUCGAGCACGGCAAGUGCUUGUUUUCCCGUAUACAUUUUUCUAUAAUUGGUGUAAGCAAUUACCGCGUUGCAUACCUGGUAUUUUUUAACUCGAUGAACUAAAGUACGUAGAAUGAAAGGGGUAGUUAGGAACAGUACUCUUAUGUAUCAUACAGCUGUGAUAAAAUCUAAGAAUAAAUUAAAGGGCAAUAUAUGCUUGCAAGAGCGAAAUAGUUUUAACAUUGGGACUGAAAAACGUCAUGAACCAAACUGUCCUUUUCUUGUAGUUUAAUUAUUCGAUCAAGAUAUGAGCGAUAAUUACUACCCCAGAACACCAUACAGUAGAACAGAUAGAUGGCUAAUAAAAAUAGUAAAAUAAAUCAAACACAGCAUAGGGAAGUUAUAGUAUUGGCUGCAUUUAUACAGUGGGUAACAAAUAUUGGAUAAUUUAUUAUAGAGUGUGUCAAUGUGACGUUUCCACUAAAUACCUUCAUCCAACACCACCCCCAAGUAUUGCAUAUAAUCUAAAACUGUAGGGCGGAAUGUGAGCAACAUGUUAUCGUCAGUCAAUGCUUUUCCAAGGGUAAUGAAAGACAACGUGCUCGAUUUCCUUUAUAUUUAACGUAAGUUUGACGUCCGUUUCGCUAUUAGCCAUUGCAAAAGCUUCGACAGACGACUAAUGUUCAAGAUAAGCGCAGUGCCAUCGACACAUAUCACUGCUGUAAAACAUUUCAGAAUAGUAGCAAAAUCGUUUGCAUACAACCAAAAAACAAUCGGGCCAUGCAACAGACUCCUAGGGAAUACCCGUUUCUAAAGCACUGAAUGUGGAGAUAAAGAAACAAGCUGCUUUCUCCUACUAAGGAAACUUUGAAAGAAUUUAGGCAUGAAACCACGGAAACCAUAUCAUUCUUAAUUACUGAGUAAAAAUAUAUACGAUAAUAAACACCAUCAUAAGCAUUUUUAAUAUUUAAACAGACGCCGAUUACCAGCAGGUUAUCAUUUAAUUUUGAGUUUAUCAGGUCUGUCAAGCAUAAAACAGCUUUAGCAGGGGAUCCAUGCUGGUUAUCGGUAAGAAUAGCGUCACGUUCUAGAAAUGUCAUUACGCGCUUGGCCAUAGGUUUUUAAAACGUCGUAUAACGCAUCCUAAAAUAUUGUUUGGACGAUAGCUUUUAAUGUUAUCACAAUCCCCGCUCUUGUAAACUGGAAUGGCCUUAGUUAAUUUUAUUAGCUCAGGGAACAUCGAAGUAAGAAACGAAAGAAGAAAACAAAUGCUAUGGGGUCGCAUAGAAUAUUUAUGCACCGCUUUAAUACUGAUGAUGGAGCACCAUCACAGCCUAAUACAUGCACUUUGAUGGCAGAACAUGUACAGUACCAGCGGAAAAACUUGGCACAAGUGACUGGUGGCCGGAGCAGCACAUUCCAUUUUCCAAAACCCAGGUGGCCGUCAGAAAGCCUGUCGUGAUUUUGCCGCUUCGGCCGCCAGUCACUUGUGCCAAUCUUUUUCCGCUGGGAUUGUACUUUCAAGACAUUGACACCGCGACAACUUCAAAAGCACUGAUUUCGAAAAAAAAAAACGAAUGCACUAUUUAUGCGUGAUAUCGAUGCUGUGAAUUGAAUCGUUGGGCGCAAGUUAAUGAGGUCGAUGCCAAUGUAACAAAAAUAUUUGUUAAAAUGCAUAACUAUGCUAUUGAUGCUCCCGAAGCUACCACAUCUAGAGUGACUGAGUACGAACUUUAUUUAGGUCCUGAGGAGAAAAUGAUGAAGUGGGUAGCAGCUGGUUUUAUGAUGGGAUACUGUUGUUAGACUGCACUGCCUUCUGGAUUGGCCCAUAUUUUUCGUCACACGGAUACCUACAAAGUGUUUGAAGUCCAUUUAAAAUGAUAUCGUAUCAAAAGGACAGCAGGACCGGAAAGGCACCGCUAUUCAACAAGACCGGCGCCCUUCCCGUCUGUAUUUUUUUUCUCAAGUGUUUUUUCCCCUCCACUGAAGCUCUGGAAAUGCCACAAAGGAUAUAACUUCCAACUAGCCCAGCUGUCACUUUUAGAUAAUAUUUGUGUCAUCGUUCAUCACGUGCCUUGGAGACAUGUGGACCCUCCAAACAAUUCGCCCUCAGGGUCGGCUUCUUUUACAGCAGGAGCAACACAAGUGCGCUAGAAAUGUCCGGUAUCCGUGACUGCAUAUAUGUUAUUAAUAAACGAAGGUAGUGCAUGAUGCAACGCCUCAGGUAGAGCGUAGCAGGUUAACCUGUUUUGCCUUGCAGAAUAAAUAAUUGUGAGUACAAAAGGA